CAAACAGCUAUUGGUUCAAUAAAUGCGCUAAUAAGGGCCACAAUAAUCCUGUUAAAGUCGAGGGCACGUUACGGAUGCGCUCUAAUCAAUAGGGGUUAAAGUUAAAGCUGUUUAGAAAUAGUUAAGUAAACUACAAUUGAACUAAUAAAACGUACGGUAAUAUUUCCUCCAAAGGAAAAGACACCCCAUGCGAUCCAACCAAUCGCAGAGCUCUCGGUUAUUGGAUGAUUCCUCCAGCCGUCCUUUUCCAACGCAGGGAUAUCUUCCCGUACUGUUGCCAAGUUGUGCAGUUUCUCCCCAUAACUCCUACUUACCCCACCUAAUACUUUUAAGAAUACAAAAUUCGUGCCAGUUUCUUCCACAACAACUUAGUUAUAAGCAGAAAAAGUAGAGUUAAAUGCACCAGUGCUCUUGGUUAAUUGUUGUGUUCUGUAAGUGUUGCAUCGGGGUAGGUAGGGAGAUUGUCAGUGUAGGAGAAGCGGCAACGGCGCGGGCUCGGAGGGGUUGAAAGAUAGAACGUCGAAACUGUUUGACAAGUAAUCUUCCGUGGUCGUGGUAGUUCCGAGAAAACGUGUCCACCGAGGAGGCAUAUUUGCAAUGUGCAUUGUGGCAUUGCGGUCGGUUUGUUCGUUCGACAAUGGCGAUUCGAACGAAUAUGUAAAUAUGUAAAGCGGCUCAUUAAGAUAGUCGAUUUUCGUUGGUAAUUUCGCGACGGGUCGGUGCGUGUGAGUGUGUGUGUUACCUAUUUUUUAAGCGUUAGAUUUCGAAUGCCGACGUACAAGUGCCUGGUAGAUUAGGAUUAAUUAACGGAGGGAGACGGGAAACACCUGUGAUUAUUCGAUUUUACCGUCGUCUCGUCGGUUUUGUUUCGAUAGGGGCAGAGAGGAAGCACCGUCAUGUUCGCAUUGGGGUUGAUUUACAACGCCACGAAGGCCAGUUUCCAAAUGGUCCAGGAUAUGGAUUUCGGCGACGCCAUGGAAACCAUGGAGCGUUGCCUUCUGUACAUAGGCGGCGGCGCGGGGGCCUUGGCAUUGACCGGAGUGGCCGCCGCCUCCGCCUAUUACCUCGCCAAAGGCCCCAGCUGCACGCCGGAAAGGCCCCUGUUUCCCUUGGAUGCUCAAUGUAUCGAAGAAGAAGAGGGUGCAGAUGUGAUUCGAGUGUCGAGGUUCUUCACCCACGCGAAGGAAGGAAAAUUCAUCAGCUACGCCUACUCGGACGCGAAAACGUUGUACGAGUCGUUCAGGAGAGGCUCGAAAGUAUCGAAUAACGGACCGUGCUUGGGCUGGCGAGAAUCCUAUUCGAAGCCCUACCAAUGGUUGAACUACAACGAGGCCUUGCUGAGGGCGAAGAACCUCGGAUCCGGCCUGGUGGCGAGCGGUCUACCGCCCGGCCAGAACACCUUCGUGGGCAUCUACGCGCAGAACUGCCCCGAAUGGAUACUCUGCGAGCAAGCGCUCUACUGCUACAGCAUGGUGCUGAUACCGCUCUACGACACGCUCGGUCCGGAAGCAUGUGCCUUUAUUAUCAAACAAGCCGAUAUUAGCACGGUGGUAUGCGAGGACGAGGGCAAGUGCAAUUUGCUGUUGGAGAAAUCCCCCAGGUGCUUGAAGAAGCUGAUUGUGAUGAGAGACGUGAGGCCGGCGGUGAAGCAAAAAGCCAAAAACCGAGGCGUGGAAAUCGUGAAAUUCUCCGACGUCGAAUUGAUGGGAGCCAAAGGCAACCACCAAGAAGUUCCGCCGAAACCCUCUGAUCUCGCCACCAUAUGCUACACCAGCGGAACGACGGGCAACCCCAAGGGCGUGAUGUUGACCCACGAGAACAUUGUGGCCUCUAUGAGCGCCGUUAUAAUGCAAUUCGGCGACCACAAACUGAAAAACACCGACAUAUUGAUCUCGUUCUUGCCCCUGGCGCACAUGCUGGAAAGAUGCUGCGAGAACGCCAUGUAUUGCGUGGGAGGCGCCGUAGGUUUCUAUUUGGGCGACAUUCGAAGGCUAUCCGACGACAUGAAGGCGCUGAAACCCACUGUCACUCCGGCUGUUCCGAGGCUACUCAACAGGAUAUACGAUAAAGUGCAAUCCGACAUUAACGGUAGCUGCUUCAAGAAGACCCUGUUCAACAUGGCUAUGAGCGCUAAAGAGAAGGAACUUAAAAGAGGUGUAGUUAGAAAAAACAGCUUCUGGGACAUGCUGGUAUUCCGAAAGGUCCAAGAAGGCAUGGGCGGCAACCUGAGGUUAAUGCUGGUGGGAUCGGCGCCACUAGCAGAGAACGUGCUCACGUUCGUAAGAUGUGCCUUGGGGUGCUUGGUGGUGGAAGGUUACGGGCAAACGGAGUGCACCGCUCCCAUCACGCUGACCAUCCAAGGGGACCACACGCCCGGGCACGUGGGCCCCCCGGUGGCCUGUUGCUGCGUGAAGCUGGUGGACGUGCCGGAGAUGGAGUACUGGGCCAACAAGAACCAGGGCGAGGUGGUGGUGAAAGGUACGAACGUGUUUCAAGGGUACUACAAGGAUCCGGAGAAGACCGAAGAGGUGAUCGACGAGUUGGGAUGGCAUCACACGGGAGAUAUUGGAAUGUGGUUGCCGAAUGGUACGCUAAAAAUCAUAGACAGGAGGAAGCACAUCUUCAAACUGUCGCAGGGUGAAUACAUAGUUCCAGAAAAAAUAGAGAAUAUAUAUAUUCGUUCGCAAUACGUUGGCCAAGUUUUUAUAUACGGAGAGUCGUUGAAAUCUUGUAUAGUAGGUAUAGUAGUACCGGACGUUGAUGUGAUCAAAUGUUGGGCGCACGAGAACGGCAUACCGGGCACUUUGAGCGUCCUGUGUGCCAAUCCGGAGGUCAAACAGCUUAUUUUAGACGAUAUGAUCAUGUGGGGCAAAGAGGCCGGAUUGAAGUCCUUCGAACAGGUCAAAGAUAUUUACCUGCACCCGGACAAUUUCAGCAUCCAAAACGGCCUGUUGACUCCCACGAUGAAGUCGAAACGUCCACAGUUGAAGGCUUAUUUCAAACCACAAUUAGACGAUAUGUACAGCAGACUCACUUAGGUUACAUACAUAUUUAUUUCCGUUUUUUCCCUAGGUUUCUUGAAUUACUUUUAAGUAAAAUUCGUAGAUUUAGUUAUAUUAAGCACGAUACAUAGCAUCAUUGCUUUAAAAGUGAAUAGUAAACCUUUUCGGGAGGGUUUUACACCGAUUGCUUGUAGUGUUGCCAUCAUUUUCAGACAAUAAAAGAGAUAUUAGAUUUCGUCCAUUAUUAAAAGUUUAUCUAAUGAAUUUUAUUGCACGUUGAGCAAACAGGUACGCAUUUAGUCACACAUUUUCCAUUCGAUUCGUAAUAGUUGAAUAAAAAGCAAUGGUGUGUAAUCUUCUUUAAUAAGCUAAAAGAUUUAAAGCAAUAACACUUUAGUCAAUCUGAAAGGAGUUAAAUGAAUUUGAACUAGCGGCUGUGGUUUGUGCGAGAUAUUCUUUUUAUUUAAAAUAAACUAGUUGAGGAGAGAACGAUAUGAAGGAUCGAUGAAACAAAUACUUGUUCUUUUUUUAUUAUAUCCACUUGUAGACGAUUAAAUUUAAUUGAAAAUUUUGUAAUCGUACAGUUAGGAAAUCUUCAACACUUGUGAAAUUUGGUAAAAGUAUCAAAAUAAAUGUUUCAAAUUACUACUAUAUUUACGUGUUUUGAUUACCCCCUUUCGUGAUAUCGAGGAAAAAAGCACAAAACAACAAAAAAAACUAAAAGUUAUAAAUUUAUUACCAUCUAUUUUUUAGCUUUAGUAACAGCUUGUUGGGCUUUAAGAACUUUAACAACGAUCUUUUGCUCCUCGAUGAGGAAAGCUCUUACGAUCUUUUCCUUGACGCAUUUGUGGCACAGAACACCGCCGUAAGCCCGCUUUACGGUCUUCUUUCUUCUGCACAAACGGGACCUUUCUUGGGGUCUAGCAGGAAGGAUACCCCUGAGUUUGUCUUUGCAUUGACCGCAUCUCGGGAUCUUCUUGGGUUUCUUCAGGUAUUGGUACACCAAUUUACCACCAGGAGUACGAACACUGCAAGAA